CAUGUACGGCGACGUGUUCAACGCCACGGGCGGCCCCGAGGCAGCGGGCGGCGGUGCGCUGGCCCUGGCGGCCACGGUCAAGGCAGAGGGCGCGUUGCCGCUAGAACUGGCCACGGCGCGCGGGAUGCGGGACGGCGCGGCCACCAAGCCCGACCUGCCAACCUACCUGCUGCUCUUCUUCCUGCUGUUGCUCUCCGUGGCGCUCGUCGUCCUCUUCAUCGGAUGCCAGCUGCGCCACUCGGCCUUUGCUGCGCUGCCCCACGACCGCUCGCUGCGCGAUGCCCGCGCGCCCUGGAAGAUGCGGCCGGUGUAGCGGCGCGGGGAACCUGGCGGGCGGAGAU